UGUCAGCGUUCGAUCUAAGCUGGGCGAAACGCGAGGGAAAAAAAUAAUUUUCCUUCUGCGUGUUGUGCACGUUUUUUCUAUCUUUAAUCUUUUCGCAAACGUCGAAAGUGGAGGCCAUCUGUGUAGCGCAGCACAAAGGUGACUGGUUGGCUGUCCUUCCCAUCACUCACUCUCUGGCCCUAUCGGAUCCCUCUUCACGUGACCACACCCAGCCCUUCUCAACCGACCCCAUGAUGGAACCUGCCAAAGUCCAGUCCGAAGGCGGGCUGAAUGUCACCCUCACCAUCCGGCUCCUCAUGCAUGGCAAGGAGGUUGGUAGCAUCAUUGGAAAGAAAGGAGAAACAGUCAAGAAAAUGCGUGAGGAGAGUGGCGCUCGCAUCAACAUUUCAGAAGGGAACUGCCCUGAGAGGAUAGUGACCAUCACCGGCCCCACAGAUGCCAUCUUUAAGGCCUUUGCCAUGAUCGCCUACAAGUUUGAAGAGGACAUCAUCAACUCCAUGAGCAACAGCCCCGCCACCAGCAAACCACCUGUCACCCUGCGCCUAGUGGUCCCGGCCAGCCAGUGUGGUUCCCUCAUAGGGAAAGGGGGCUCCAAGAUCAAGGAGAUGAGAGAGUCCACGGGAGCCCAGGUGCAGGUGGCGGGGGACAUGCUGCCCAACUCCACAGAGAGAGCAGUCACCAUCUCGGGCACGCCAGAGGCCAUCAUCCAGUGUGUCAAGCAGAUCUGCGUGGUGAUGCUGGAGUCCCCUCCCAAAGGUGCCACUAUCCCCUACCGGCCCAAGCCGGCUGCUGCCCCGGUCAUCUUCACCGGCGGGCAGGUGAGGGCAGCCGACCCUCUGGCUGCGUCCUCCACAGCCAACCUCAGCCUGCUGCUUCAGCACCAGCCACUGCCUCAGGCUUACACCAUUCAGGGACAGUAUGCCAUUCCGCACCCAGACCAGUUGACCAAGCUUCACCAGUUGGCUAUGCAGCAAACCCCCUUUACCUCCCUCGGGCAGACCACCCCCGCUUUCCCUGGUGUGGAUGCCAGUCCACAGGCCAGUACUCAUGAGCUCACCAUUCCCAAUGAUCUAAUAGGCUGCAUAAUCGGGCGCCAGGGAACCAAAAUCAACGAGAUCCGACAGAUGUCUGGGGCACAGAUCAAAAUUGCUAACGCCAUGGAAGGGUCAUCCGAGCGCCAGAUCACCAUCACUGGAACCCCCGCCAACAUCAGCCUUGCCCAGUAUCUCAUCAAUGCCAGGUUCAGGGAUGUGGCGGCCAUGUGGACUGACCCCUCCUCCAUGACGACUUCCUGAAGCCCCUGACAUUCCUCCCUCUCCCUCGAAGCCCGCGACGGAUGACCCUCCCACGUCGAUACAGCACUAUUGGAAAAACAAACCACUCCCUUCCUCCGCCCCUUUUUCUCUUUUUUGGACCUUCUCAGCCUCCAUAACGACCUGAGCAAUCAACCCCAACUGAAGCUUUAUUCUCAGGAAGUUUAUACGGCUGUGAGUGACAAAAAAAAGCAUUGAUUCAUAAAAAAAGUAUUUGUUUUUUUUGUUUGUUUGUUUGAUUGAUUCUCAUUUGUGACACGCUAGCCAUAACACACCUACAUAGUUUUCUUGUCAGAAUGUUGACAGAACUCCGCAACCCCUGCUAUAACCAUUCCAGACUCUGAUGCUGUAUGUAUGUCUGUGGCUUAUAUUCUCAGUAACACACUCAAAAUAUACAGCAUGAAGUACAUUGAAUGGUUAUAAUAGGUGUUGAGCAUGCACUGGAUGCAUUGUGUAGGCUAUUGUGUGAGCCAAUGUCACAGUUGAUUUGUUUGUUUGUUCUUUUUGUCUGUAUAGGUUUAGCCCAGUGUGUGAGCAUGCUGCAUAUUUAGUCAUUUCGUUUGGAAUUGAGCUUAUUUCUUUUCUUCUUUCUGUCGGCCCGUGAGUGCUUAUUUAUUCAGUCGCUAUGUACAGUGCGCUUGAUGCGGCGGUCAACUGCAUUUCUGGAGACCAAUUAACUGUGCUCUGUAAAUGCAUGUUGUUUAUUGUAUGUUUUGUUUUGUUUGUUUGUCUGUCAUGGAGGAGGUACAGUUAGAGGGCUGUAGUCUUUGUCAUGCCCCCCUUCUAUAGUCUCAUGAACAAUGUAAGACUACAAUUCCCAUAAGAGUCACAAAAUCCCUCUUCUUCCCCCUGACUGAAACCGUAUCCCUCCUUGACUUUGAAAAAUGCAAUAACUUGCUUCUUGCUGUAUAUUUAAUUUGCACAUUCAUACAGAGACGCUGGCUGACUUUGGUCAUACUCAGUUGAUGGUGACAGUGUUCGACACUCUUCCUAAUGCAAAACAAGUGGGCCUGGGGGGCCACAGAUACCCUCAGCUCUAGUCACAUCCAUGUACUCUUUGUUCGUAUAUGUUCACUUUACACAGUUAUGAAUGCUAUAGCAGGAGCCAUGGUCAGUGAGUUUGACGUGCUAUCUCAAGUUUGAGAUUAAAUUUUGUGGGAGGGAGUUGACUAAAUUGUCACUUUUGUUUAAAGCCUUGUGUCAACAGCAUUGUAUGUUUUUUUUAAAAAAAUAUGCCACAUUCCUUGUGAAAGGCUUUUUUAUUAUUAUGAAAUAUGUUUUGACUGAUAGGCGGUAGCCUGCAGAAUGUUAUUUUAUUUUAUGCCAUUCUCAUGUUUAUUCAUGGUUUAUUUAAAAAAGAAUGGGUUAGGGAAAGGAUGUUGAACAUGUCAACUUGACAUAUUUUCUCUCUUGACAUUUGAAGCUCAUGUUCAGCUGUGUGACAUGUCUCCUGGACAACAUGGGUGGAGCUGAAGUUGUAAAAAAAUGUGUUCGGAUGAUCCUCUCUGUUGUCAAUUUAAAUAACUGAGAAUGAAGGGUUGUUUUUUGUCCAAAAUAAGCAUGGAACUAGCCUUUGAAUGUAAUUUUCAAGAACGAUCAAAAGGCAAUCUUCAUUAUUUAGUGUUUGUAAUAGUGAUGCCAUAUUACUGUGGACAAUUGAUAUUUCAGGACAAACCGAAAAGUACAGAAUGAAUCAACACAGUUAGACAAUUGGUGUGUUAAGAUGGUGUUUUACAAAUGGCUACAAAUUGGUUGCUGUACUUAAAAUUGUGUUGUAUGUCUUAUUCUUUAGCUAUGUUAACUGGAACUUGUAUUCUAUGGAAUGUCGUUUAUAUCAAAGCUAUAGACUAGAUUUUAUUGUUUUACAUGACAUUGCAUUGACAAAUUCAUUAUUGCGGUUGUUACUUUUAUUGAUAUUAUUAUGACUAUGAUUAUAACUGUAACAUGCAUUAAUAUUUCUUAGGACAUCCAAACAAGUACAUGAAGUGCAUGAUCAGAUUUGUUUCUGCAUUGUAGUUUAUUAUAACUGGCCAUCUCAUAUGAUGCAGCUUGUAGAGUGACAUACAUGUUUUCAGUCUAUGUGUUACCAGGCAGAGGGGUAGACAGAUAUGUGCUUGAUCUGUCUCUUCUGUCUGUUAAUCCAUAGUACACAACAAUUGUUGCGGAUACUGUACAUCCAGUAUUUCAUAGUUAUUAUAGCUCUGGACACAUUUUUACGUGUCCUGUCAUCUUUGAUUCUAACUAUUUACUGCAGUUCGCAAAAAAAGAAAAAGAAAAUCACAAAAAAGACUGACAUGAACUGUUGGUGUAAUCCAGAUGCAUUUACUAGUAUAUAUGUUAUUUUUGUGUUUCUCAUGUGCUAGCGGAUAUUUAAAAAUUUGUGCUUCUGUAAAACAUUUGCUGUUUGAAAAAAAAAAAAAGUGUAACGGAGGUUUUGGUUUUUAGUCGGGUGAUUUUUUGCUGCUUGCAGAUCUACUUUAGAUGAACAUUAUUUAACUUCUUAGGUUUCUUUUGAAAUGAUUUGUGAAGAGGAUCAAUAAAUUCUUCUUUUCUGUCA